GCUACGUGGACAUAGCUUUUAUAUUAAAUGGACGCAUGUACCCUCACAGCUCCUUCUUCCCAUUUUCGUAAGACAUUUUCUUCGGUUCCUUCUUCUUCCCCCACUUUCUUCACAGUUCUUGCUUCUUCCCCACUUAUUAGCUCAUCAAAGGACGAUCUGUAGUAGUGGGAAUGAAAAUACCCUCACAACUCCUUCUUCUUCCCAUUUUCUUCCCAUUUUCUUCACAGUUCCUUCUUCUUCCCCACUUUCUUCACAAUUCCUUGUUCUUCUCCACUUAUUUGCUCAUGAAUCCACUAACUGUAGUAGUGGGAACGAAAAUUCCAGAUGCUAAAUCCCACGUAUUAUCCACUAAUUCAGUUUCUAACCCAUUUCCCCAUUUCCUAUUAUCAAUUCUUUCCCCCAAAUUUCUUCCUUAUAAAUUAGGGAUUGUUUGUGAAUUUUUUAGAAACUCGAUUUUGUCAUCCGCAAGCAGUGGUGCUGAAAAUGGUGAAGAAAAAAACCAUUGAAAUUCAAUUAAGGAGUUCAACACCGAAGAAGUUAGCUAAAGCAUCAGCAGAGCCAAAUGUUACUCCAAGACUUAUUUCUAAAGCUACGAAUAAUCUGAAUUCAAGUUCUAGAAAUGUUGUCCUAGAUUUUGGUGAUGAUCCUAAGCCAACACAGCCAACUCAAGCAAGUGGUGGUGACAAUUUACAUGUGGGAGGCAGUCAAGGAAUUGUUGAUCUUCAAAAUGAUGUGGAACAAGCUCGUUUCUGGACAAAAGCUUCAAAAAAAGUCAUUAAUUUAGAGGAAGCUUUUAAGGCAAUGCAGGAGUCAGUUUGUAAUUUGGACAAUUGGGGAGAGGACGAAUGUCAUCCUGAAGAUGCACCAUGGACUCAACCACUUUUAUAUAGUGAGAGUGAAGAUGCUAAGGAGUGGUCUGAGUUCUGUAAUAACUUUAAGGAAGUUGGUCCUGGUGGUCCUUCUGUGCGAGGUGACCGAUAUGAAUUUGGUGACCAAGAAGGCAGUAGUGAAGACGAUGGAUACGAGCAGUUGUUGGAGACGGACGAUGAAGCUGAAGGUAAUGUCAAUGAACUUAGGUCCUGUAGCAAGUGCAAACAAACUGGUCACAACAAAACUACUUGUGGGGGUGGCGCAGUUGGUUUAAAUCUGAAGGCAAAGAGACUUAGAACUGAGGUAGAUGGUCAGACUUUCACAAGCAUUAACUAUAAUCACGGUCAAAGCCGCACUGGAAAACGUAAGAAUAAUGGCAACAACAACAUUAAUCUUGCUGAAUCUUCACAACCUGGAGGAUCACUAGUUGAUUAAUGGGGAAAGCGUUUAUCAUUAGUUUCAGUUUUUAUUCAGUAGGACUUCGUAAGACUUCUGUUUGUUGCAUGUUUUAUUUGGUUGUUUUAAGAUUUCUGUUAGAGGGUCUUGGGGAGUUUUUUUUCCGCUUUUUCUCGAUCAAUCCCUCUUUUAGGAAUUAGGUUUUGUAUUUUUCUUAUCUCAUUAUUUAGUAUCUUCAUAUCAAAACUACUUGUUUUAGAAUAUGUCUAUCUACUUUUAUUUACAAUUACUUUUAUUU